GGAAGAGGAAACAAAAGAAAAGCUAACCCUGAGCUAACGUCAGGUGGAGAUCACUCAUGAAGCAAUCUGGGGUAGUUGUGCACUUUCUUAGACAACUAACGUUAUAAUUUGUCAUGUUUACCAGCAAAAGGCCCACCUGGUUUUGCGUUUCUCUGCCUGUAUGUAAAGAGAAGAGAAUGUUUCUAGAAUGAUAAUUCUGGUCAACUGAUAUGGUACAUGCCUGGCUAGCCUGCCAGCUAACUAUCCAGUUUCAACAUAGCUAGCUGAUCAUCCUGGUUCUCUACUUUGACAUAAUGCCAUGGGGAACUGUUGGACUCACUGCUAUGGGUUAUUUAGAAGGGAAGCGAAUAGAAUUCAGCGAGGAGGAGGGUCAAAGUACUUCAGAAGCACUACAACUGGGGAACAUUACACUAUAGAGUUUGAGAACCUUGUUGAAAGCGAUGAGGGAGAAAGUUCGGAAACUUGUCCAAGAUCCCACAGGCCAAUCAGUGAAGAUGAGAUCGGCCACCUGAAGGAGCAUCGCUAUGCUGCCAUUGCAGACCAGCAGACACUGAUCGAUGAGAAGCUGCAUGCUGAGUUAGUGGCACACGAGGAGAAGUUGAGACUAGAAGAGGAGGCUAUAUGUGCUGCCCAACGGGAGGCUGCCCGGUUGGCACGGGAACGAAGGCUGCAGAAGCAGCAACAGGCAGGGGGAGGCAAAGGCAAGCCUGAAGCCGAGACCGCUGCCGCCCACCAGAAAAAGCAUGGCUCGGGCGGCGGGGAGUUUGACGUCUACCUGCAGGGCGUCAAGGCGCAGUCAGAAGCCUUCCGCACCAGCCGGCUAUCAUCUGAGACAAACAUUGUCACCCCGAACACGGAAAGUAGCUGGGACUUCACCAGCAAGACCCGCUCCACAAACGAUGACGGCACCUCUCUGGACCUGGAGUGGGAGGAUGAGGAAGGCAUGAACCGUAUGGGUCCAGCGUGGGAGCGCUCAAAGACUGAGGAGGACAUUCUCCGCGCGGCACUACGGCCUGGCGGGAAGCUGCUGAGUAGCGGCCCCACCUCAGCCUCUGAGGACUCCAACGCCCUGGAGUGGGAGAACGACUUUGUGAGCGCACAUGCCGUGGACAACGAAGACGAGGAGGCGGAGGAGGAGGAUGACGACGAGAAAGAGUACGAGUACGAGGGCUUCGUCAACCCUGUCUUGGACACACCCACAGAAGAUAUCCAGGAGACGUCCAACCUAGAGAAGCAGGAGAGGUAGUCUCAGUGAGCAUCAGAGUAGGCGCAGUCAUCGGAUCACUCCAGGUCCAGUCUCAACUUAAACCUAAACUCCUUCUGUCAGCUGCAGGCCAACCUCAACAAGAGUUGGUCCAGCCAAGACUAGACCAGACCAGGCCAGAAGUCUUUUUCCAGAGUUGUUUUUUUUCUUCUCUGGAAGAUACUGUAGUUGUCUGUAUCACGCAAGACCAAUUCAAGACCUCUACUGGUUGUACUCACAGUCUGAGGGACUGGCCAGUGGAGUACCAGUUUUAAUCCAAAUUGGAGAAUCAGUUUAUUCCAGUAACCAGAGGGGGGAAAAAAUAUUUUCUAAAUUAAGAUGAUUAAGAAGAUUUGAUGGGUGUGUUUGUUCAGCCUUGUUUUUGAAUUGGCCUGAUUUUAGUACGUUGAAUUAUUAAGUGCAAUUCGUGUGGCCUCUGAUUGGAUGUGAGAGAGCUUGUUUUCACAGAGUGGGUAGCAUGAAGACCCCCAUUUCCCUCAUUGUGUCUCCUCAACAGCAACGUUGUCUGCUUGAAAUCAGUGCCUACACGAGAAAUGAGACAGCAAAUCAAUUGUAAAUACAGAAUGCUGCAACCUUUUGGAGAAAAAAAAAAUCAAUUUAAAAUGCUCUUUCUUUUCAAAAAAAAGGUUUACAUCAAGGCGGUGGGCACCAUCUCUUUACCCAGAUGGUCUCUGUUUCUGUAGUAAAGUUGUGGUCUUAAGAUCAAGGUACAGCGAGACACUAACUUAAGAAUUGUUGCUGUUCUGGAACUAACAUCCAAACACAGGCAUGAAGUGCUUGGUGUCUGUGUUGAUCUGGCGUCAGAUCAUCAGAGGGAAAUGUCAAUCUGUUUUGUACGUUUGUUGAUGUUCUACCUCUGGGUUUGAUAAUUCACUAACAGAAAAAAAUCUACAAAACUAACCCCAAACUGCCACUCUAGUCCUUCGAGUCAAUGACACAGAAGAAUGUAGAGAGGGGCCUCAAAAUUCAGUGAUUUAUAACGAUUAUUUUUUACCUUUUUUCUUUUAGAUUUUAGAUGUGAAAUCACAAGGGUUUGGGGGAAAUCUUGCAAACAGAUAAUUCUUUCUCUUGAGGAAUGUAGCGAGCACGUAUUUACAUCACAUAGGUUAGCCGUCACACGUCUUGGGUGGGUUAAGACUACAGAAUACAUGGAGAAAACUUUGGCUUUUCUACAGCACAACCAUUAGCGGGCAUUCAAAAAAAGACCGAAGGCACAAAGGUUGUUAUUUGUUCACAACACAAAUAAAUGACUAAUCGUACAUGAGACUGUACCUAGCAUUCAGAAAGAGCUUACAUUCACUCAUCACAAAGGACCACAAUCUGAAUGAGCUUCUCGCUGUCCUUCAUGUUGUUUCGUCAUUCCUUUUAUCGAAUGUGCUUUUGGGACCAUGGUAAUAUCACAACCAAUGUGUUUGGAAAAAAAAAAGUGUAGCUUAUAGACUCAUUUUUAUAAUGCCUUUUUCAUCCGAAAGAUUGUGAGUGCACUCAGUCAGCCAGUGCACGCUGCUGUGAGUCUGUUUAGAUGCUUUAACAUUCACUGAAGACUAGUGGUCCGUGUCCUCGCUGACGGCCUGUGUGACUAAUAGCUUUAAAUGUACUUGUAUUGUCUCAACACAAGAAGCAAAUGUAUGUUUGCUUCUAGGAUCUACUGCACUCAGUUAUACAAUAUGUUAUAUAUGUUAAAAAAUAAUUAUAAUGAGGUGCAUAUAUCUACUGAAUGAUACUUUAAAGCAGACCAUGUUUUCUUUCGAUAGAUGUCUGGGUUUGGAGGUGAUGUCCUGUCAUUUGGAACACUUUGACUAGAAUAGUGCUGGUCACAAGCUCAAUAAUCAAUAAUCAUCCCCACAGGGCGCUUAUGAGUGCGCUGCCUUGUGUUUCCUGAAAGUGUCAUUGUGCAAUGGCUGUCGCUAAAAAAGAGAAAACUAUUAUUUUCAAUAGUCUUUGUCUUGGUUGCCAUGAGCGUUGCCAUGGGCAUUGCAUGGCGGACACACUCAGGAAAUGCUCCCCUGGUUGGUUUUGGAUGUGAGACUUGAGGACAAACACUCUGAAUCCAUUAGAGACCCCUACAUAAUAUUAGUCAGACGGAUGUCCACACCCUGCCUAAAACACACCAGGAAGUGAAAGUACUGCCAGGGCGGACAAGCGCUUACUGUACACACAGUCAAAGGACAGAUCUGAGCACGGGGAAGUUUGGAAUGGACCAUGUGUGAAAGUGUGUGUUCGUACACAGGAUUGAGUGACUCACUUUCCUCUGAGAGCUAUGUUACAAGAGCUUAAUUGUGCUCUCGUGGUUGGUUGUGUGACUGGCAGGACCAAUGAUGUGUGUUUGAGAAACCUUCAGAGCCUUCUGAUAUUUUUGUUUGUGUGCGUUCAUCUUUUUACGUUGGAGUAAAACCUCCUGUAGAAAUAACAAAAUAAACCUCCUGUAGUUCUGAUUUAACCACACACAAAAAGUAUAUCUGGUGGAUUUUGACAUUGUAAAUAAAAGAAAAAUGAAAGUA